CUGACCAAUCAGCAUCCAUGAUUCAGAGCUGCGCAGUGGACUGUCUGGGAGGGACCGGGCUCCAAAAUUUCGCACCUUUUUCCUUUCAAGGGUCCGUUUUGAUGCUUAAAAUCCCGGGAUUCCUGUAAACAAGGGAGUUCUGGGGUUUUAGUUUCAUUACUGACUGGACUUAGGAAGGUUCUCCGGCUUUUCAUCGCUUGCCACGGUCUGGAAUUCCCGCUGAAGUUCCCGAGCCAUGAGCACCAUGGGACACCAGAAAACUCCCAUCAGCCUCUUGCAGGAGCUCAGCACCCACAUGGGCAAAACGGCGCAGUACGAUCUCAUCGCAACAGAGGGCGCUGCGCAUCAGCAGACCUUUGUGUUUCGCGUUACUGUAGGAGAGGUGGUGGCUACUGUGCCCUGAACAUCAUCCAGGGGAAGGUGACUCCUGAGGAGGCUAACAACAUGAGUCACCUCCAUACGGCAGCAGGGGAACAAAGCACCUACUCGGAGUCAGGCGGCGUCCUGACCCCACCAGACAACCCCAUUGGUCAGUUGCAGGAACUGGUGGUGGAGCGCGGAUGGAGGCUGCCCGAGUACAUCGUCAUCUCCGAGCAGGGCCCUCCCCACUGUAAGGAGUUCACCAUUCAGGUCAAGGUCGAGAAGUUCAAGGACACAGGGACUGGUUCAUCCAAGAAGGCAGCGAAGCGUUCGGCGGCGGGUGUGCUCCUGACCCGACUGCGGGAGAUCCCGCCAGACCAGCAGGACAUGGUGCGAGAUGCAGACAUCGACGAGGACUCGGUACCCUUUGUUGUCCGAGACUCCAAGACCGGCGUGAAGCCCAUGCACGCGGCCCGUAUCGGGAUCACUUGGGCAACCCUGCGGAACUCUGCGGGAGAGAAGAUCACGCGGCUGAAGUCCACCUCUCUGAGCACGCCCAACUCCAACUACUGCCAGCUGCUACAGGAGCUUGCUGAGGAACAGAACUUUGAAGUGGAAUAUCUGGACAUUGCGGGUAUGUUUGCUGCAGAGGAGUUAAGCGCAUCCAGUCUGCACCAGUGCCUGGUCCAGCUGACCACCCAGCCGGUCACCGUGUGCCACGGUCAGGGACACACCCGGGACGAGGCCCACGCGCACGCCGCUCACAACGCUCUUCAGUAUCUCAAGCUCAUGGUCCGCCGUGCUUGAAGUCCGGAGGUCAAGGGUCGAUGGUGUGGGUCAAGUCGCAGGCGUAAGAGAACUUUCGUCACUUUCUUAGCUGGACUUUUAUUCUUGCAAGAAUCAAUGGAGUGUGUUAUUAGAAAUUAUGUGGUUGUGUUGGAAAACAUCAUGAAAGAAAGCAAAAAAUGUAAGUCAACAGAAAAGUUGCCCAGAAAAUAGGAACAGUUGAUUCAGGCCUAACUUAAUUCAAGUCAAAAAUCCAAAGGAUGUGUGUGAAUAGGUGAAAAUGUUGUAAAAUAAAGAAAAUCGUGUGUGAAAAGUGCAAUGUAAGGAUCACUUCAUUCAUGGCAGUCCUGGGACAAGCAACUGUUUAACAUCACUGCUACAUUUUAAAGUUAAAUGUAUGGCAUAAAGGAUCUUACUCUUAGUCAUUAAUAGAUUUAGCUUUUCACUGACAAGUGGGAACCUUGAGGAUUGAGAAACCUGCAGAGAUAGUUUGUGUUAGCAGAACAGACAUGAUGUUGUGAUCAAUGUAAACCAUUUGUACUGUGUAAUCUAUAUUUGCUGACUUGCAGCUCCAUAGAUGUACAUAGCUGCAGAAACAGUCUCUCUGUUAAUGCUCAAAAACAGGGAGGGAGGCCACAUAAAAACCUGUUGCCAUUUGCCCAUCUUCUGGCCAGAAAGGUUGGACAUGUUUAACAUUUGCUGGGCCUCUUGAUUUAAAAAAAAAAGAAUUAAAAGAAAAAUGAUAGUGGCCAGCUUUAUAAGAAAGAGGAAAAUGUGCACUGUUCACAUCACAGAGGGAAGAUACAUGUAUUUUAUUCUCCAAGCAGAGGUUGGGUUGGGGUUUUAGUGCGGGAUUUUUACUGCUCACUUCCCCCUACCUAUGCAUCAAACCGCACCAGGUUGGGGCUUUUCUUUCAAAAUACAUGUAUGGUGUUAGUAUCCUGCCCAGCGUAGUAUCAAAAAUCGUUUUAUUUCCCAGGAUUACAUGCAAGUACAUUCUAUACACACGUUGAUCUGCCAUUGUCAGACUGGUAACUUUUGCAGCCGCGUUGGUUGAAAUUCCAAACUCCCGACACAGACUUCGCACUUUCAUGUAGUUACAGAUCGGCUGUAAUGUGUCAGAGUGAUUACACUUGAUCUGUUCUGUUUUGAGGCAGUGGUAAGGAGAGCAAGCGGUUAAAAUCCCGGCUACUAUAAUCCCCACAACCCAACUUCUGCUUGGAGAAUAAUAAGAUACUGAUAAAUAGUUUGGAACAGUUUUGGGUAACAGGUAUUAAUGUAACACACUGUUAAAGAAAAAAAUCAUAUCUUCUGAUAAUUUAAAAAUAAAAAGGAUUUGCCAGGCCAACUGGUAGAAACAACUGGUACCCAGCAUGCACUGCCAGGUCACAUGACUCCAAAGUUGUCAGUGAUAUGUGCACUAUGUGCAUCAUUUUUAUGAUUGAAACUACUUUCUGAUAUAAUGACAAAGGUUUCACCCAUUGAAGGGUACUACCGAUGUCAGAAGAAUAAUCCUGUGACUUUUACUCGUAGACUAGAAUCAGAAUUUUCUGACAAUUGUGCAACAAGACCAAAGCAACAGCUAUGGAUGUGGUCCAAAACAAUUUUUUUUCUUUCUUUCUUCUCUUACCAGGGAAGUUCUCAGGAUGCCUUUUGGCAAAUAUUGUAUAUUCUUCAUCCACAUAUUUCUUAAGAGUUUCUACUUUAAAAACGUUUGGGAACACAAAACACAUCUAUGAGAUUUAAAAUUUGGAAAACAUUGAACUACACCAUUGAAUGUGGUGAUGAUUCAGUGCUUGGUACAGUUGAAAACGUAUGUAAAAGCAGUAGAGCUUUCUUAAGUUGAGCCAUUUUUAACAGUGGCUCUUUUCACUCCACUCAUAACUUUCUCCCUCUCAAGGGAAAAGACUUCCACGGCUGUUGUCAUGGUAACAAAAGAUAAGAUGAUCAUUCUGUGCAAAAUUUGAUAUUAGAAUCAUGCAGGAAGCCAUGUUGUUGUGAAUGUAAAAUCUUCUACUGAAAAGAACUCACAAAUAUUGUGCAUUUGUCUGUGCCAUACCGUACUAAAACCAAUUAAUGCACUCAUCUGAAAAUCACUAACAAGUUUUUAAAUACUCUAGUCAUGUUAGGAAUCAUGUCAAUCGCUGCCAACUUGAAGACUUGUUGAACGAAUUGUAAUUGAUGUAGUUAAAAAGAAUACAGACAUUGCUUUUAAGAGUCUCAUGCUAACUUGAGCAAUUAUGCAAUGAGAAAAUUGUUGAUGUACACAUGCAAGAGUUAUAUUAAGUGCUCUUGCAUGGAAUGUAUUCUAGAUUGUAACAUUUACUGUGCUGUAAGAAGAUUGUGUUGCCAUUUAUGUUGUAGAAUAUAUCUGAGCUUCAGAAGCUUGUUUAAUAUUAGGGCUGACGUAUUCAAAUAGUCGUAUUUAUGCACAUUCCUCCCACCUUGUGGACAGGAAUCCCUCAAGAAAACCCUCCCCUAAACUCUCACAAUGUUGAAUGUCAUCCAUUGCAAAGUUACUGUGCUCAUGCUCUGUUCUUCUGGGAUUCCUUUACAUGGGGUAGGUUUCUGUUGCAAGAAAAUUUGAAAUGUCUCAAGUGUCAAGGAGGUAUUUUAAACACGUAACCUACAAAGCUGAGAUCAGGUAUUUUGUACAUCUCUCUUUACUACCAAAAUUUCAAAACAAACAGUCACAAUAUUGUGAUGCUGAACUGUUAAUGAAGUACAUGAAAUGAUGGAAUUUUAUGACUAAAAGAUCUUUAGAAGGUGAAAUGUGGGAUGGGGCUAGAAGGACAAUCUAUGUAUCAUCUGUCUCAUAGAACAACAAAGUAACCUGGACCCACUUUCCAAUAGCCUGGUUAACAUCCUGUUUCUACUGGGGCUCCUUACACUCGCUACCCUAGGAAAAAUUUUUUUAGGAUAGCGAGUGUAAGAAGCCCGGUAGAAAUAGGAUGGUACCCAGGCUAACUUUCCAAUACUUAAGUAGUAGAAUAUAGAACAGCUUCACAAACCAGGUUUGGGAAGUGCAUGGCCCUACGAAAUCUAGUAUUUUCUUGCUGCCACUGUAAGAAAAUGGCCAGAAAAUAGCCUGAAUAUCAGCCAGUUUGAGGAUACCUUCUAGACUUAACUCUCCUUCAGUUGGAGUGACUCAGUCUGAAAGUGAACAAACCCUAUGUAGGCUGGCAUCCAGGCUAUUUCUGCUCUUCUAUGCCUGUGUAAUGGCCCCAGGUUUACUUGCAUCAGAUCUGUAGUAAAUGCAGGGCAGUCAUAAUCUGAACAAAAUCACACUGGCCAGAUAUCUACAGUAAAAGCAAGCAUGCCCCUUUCCCAGGAAAUCUACAGAUUUUAAUGAAAUUGUGUGAUGUUUUAGCUCAGAAGCUGACCUCAAAUCAGGUAUGAAGCUGUCAAACUGUACAAUAUGAACACUGUAUGUUCAUCGGUGGUGCCAUAAUUGCAUCGGUUGUAAUUCAUAGAACUUCUCCAUGAUGGUAUACUUGAGUGUAGAAUUGUUCAACGUACGUAUGUCGCUCAUCUGUGCUGUAAUGACUGGGCAGGCUUUGGACUACUUCAUUGAAGUUUUGUUUGUGAGAGGUUGGAAAAAGGGACAAUGAAAUGCACAUAAUUUUUCCCUUAAAGUUUGUGUUCUUUGAUGUUGACAUUCAUGGAUGACAGACCAGGAAGAAGGGGAUGAAAUGGAGAAGAUCUCUGUCAACAAAAAAACUUAUAUUUUUUUUAAUCACUCCACCUUCAAGAGGGGGACUAACUUCAAACUGCAAUGAAAGAAAAUUGCAAGCUAUUCACUCCUGACCAAUAUUCCUGGUCCACUCGUUGGAGAUCUGUCUCUAUAGAGUACACAGAUUGAAACAUCCAGUCUCUCCCUUUGAACUUUUUGAAUGGAAUAGUCCAUAAACCUGUCCAUAGUUUCAACUGUCGCUAGUUCUAAGCAAGAUGCAUCAUGGGUAGUAUGUCAAAGGUGAAGGCCCCUAACUUGUAAACACUUCUUGUCUGGAACAUGUUUAAUAUAUGUCCAGAUGUGUUUGGUUUAUGUCUCAGCGGCCUUCACUUUAUAUUAACCAUGAUGCAUCUUGUUAUGCAUGUACAGUUAGAACCUUGAACAGGUUUAUUAAUGGCCUGCCUUUGUAACUAAACAGCUGUUUGCCAGUAAAAGGUCUCAGCAUGUUGCAUGACCUUUGCAGCUGAGAAGUCGUGACUGGCAAACUUUAGAACCCCUUCCAACAUCAGGGCUAUUCAAAACUAAUUUUUUUUCAUGAGCCCGGUGACAUUUGGAGGGUUAUAUACAAAUGUACCUACUGGUGUACAGCUGUUUUAGAUGUGUCAUUGCAGAUGUAUGUGCUGUUUUCUAUGUAACGUAUAUGGAAUCACUGUUUCACUUCUCAGACAUUUGAGGGCAAAUUCAGUGAUGCAGCCAUUCUGAACGAAAGUCCCCUUUUUACCAAAGUUCACCAAUGUUGUUAUUUUGUGAGAAUUGUGGCAGAAUGGUUGUAAUAAUUGUAAUGGGUGACUUUUGUAAGUGACUGGUACUAGUAAACCUUUCUUGUGAUCACCGUUGUGUGUUGGUAUAUUUUGUAGCAAGUGGUGAUAUAUUAUUUUGUAUGUUAAAGAAUGUAGAAAGUACUAGCACCAGGUGUGAUAAAAUGUGAGAGUUUAAAGA